AUGACGAGCUCUGCGUCGUCACUUUUGCUACGAAAGCAGUUAGCCGAGCUGAACAAAAGUGGCACAGAGGGUUUUUCUGCUGGCCUUAUUGAUGAUGACAACAUAUUUAAGUGGCAGGUUCUUAUAAUGGGGCCUGCGGACACACUCUAUGAUGGUGGCUGGUUUAAAGCUACGCUGGAAUUUCCCCAAGACUAUCCAAAUCACCCCCCAAAAAUGCAGUUCUUAACGGAUAUGUGGCAUCCCAACAUUUCUCCUUCCGGAAGCGUAUGUAUAUCAAUUCUUCACGAACCUGGUGAAGAUCGAUUUGGCUAUGAAAGACCCGAGGAACGCUGGCUUCCUGUGCAUACAGUGGAAACUAUAAUAAUGUCUGUCAUAUCGAUGCUCGCUGAACCGAAUCCUGACAGUCCAGCCAAUGUGGACGCAGCUAAGAUGUUCAGAGAUGAUUAUGAGGAGUUCAAAAGGCGAGUAGGACAGACAGUCCGAAAGAGCCAAGAAUCCUUCGAGUGA